AUGUCGUCAUCUCAUAUGGAUAAUAUCCCAUCAACGCCGGGGAAAUUCAAGAUGGAAAAAUCGUCGUACAUUCAGAGAUGCAGGCAUUUUUCAUCUGUAGCAAAACUCACAUUCUUUGUGUUCUUGGGAUUAAUCUUGGUUUUAUUCUUCAAAUCACCAUCUACUUCGUCGUUGUCGUCAUCAUCAUCAUCACCAUACUCAUCAUCGUCAUCAAUCGCAUCAGAUCUCUCUCGCAGAUCUUUAAAAACCAGUUCAUGGGGGGGACUCGCUUGGGAGAAACGUGUCAGAUCCUCCGCCAGGAUCCGGUCAAGAAACGGGUUCUCCGUUUUAGUCACCGGAGCAGCCGGAUUCGUCGGAACCCAUGUCAGCGUCGCCUUGAAACGCCGUGGAGAUGGCGUUUUAGGCCUUGAUAACUUCAACGAUUACUAUGAUCCUGCACUCAAACGAGCUCGUCAAUCUCUACUCGAACGAAGUGGGAUCUAUAUCGUGGAAGGAGACAUAAACGACGCCGCAUUGCUCAAGAAACUCUUCGAAUUAAUCCCUUUUACUCACGUAAUGCAUUUAGCUGCUCAAGCAGGUGUUCGUUACGCCAUGGAGAAUCCAGGCUCUUAUGUCCAUAGCAACAUCGCUGGUUUCGUUAAUCUUCUUGAAGUCUGUAAAAGCGCGAAUCCACAGCCAGCAAUCGUUUGGGCAUCAUCAAGUUCUGUUUACGGAUUGAACACAAAAGUCCCCUUUUCAGAAAAAGAUCGAACCGAUCAGCCGGCGAGCCUCUACGCUGCCACAAAAAAAGCCGGCGAAGAAAUUGCUCAUACCUACAAUCACAUAUACGGUUUAUCAUUAACCGGAUUACGAUUCUUCACCGUUUACGGACCUUGGGGAAGACCGGAUAUGGCGUAUUUCUUUUUCACGAGAAACAUUUUAAAAGGGAAAUCAAUCCCAAUCUUUGAAGCUGCAAAUCACGGAACUGUAGCUCGUGAUUUCACCUACAUUGAUGAUAUCGUAAAGGGUUGUUUGGGUGCGUUAGAUACUGCAGAAAAGAGCACCGGAAGCGGCGGGAAGAAACGUGCGCCUGCGCAAUUACGGGUUUUUAACCUCGGGAACACCUCGCCGGUUCCAGUUUCCGAUCUGGUGAGCAUUUUGGAGCGAUUGUUGAAGGUUAAAGCGAAGCGAUUGGUGAUGAAAUUGCCCAGAAAUGGCGAUGUUCAGUUCACCCAUGCGAAUAUUAGUUCGGCUCGGAGGGAGUUUGGGUAUAAACCAACAACAGAUCUUCAAACGGGGUUGAAGAAGUUCGUCAGAUGGUAUGUGAGUUACUAUGGUUCAGUAAAGAAGAGCGAUCAGUGA